AUGAAAUCCUCACUCCGUAAUCUCGUAUCGCACGUACAGCGCCCAGAGGCAUUCAUCGUCGCGUCCAAGCGAACGCCGUUUGGGGCUUAUGGUGGAUCCUUGAAAGACUUCAAAGCGUCCGAGCUGGGUGGGAUAGCUGGGAAGGCUGCUCUGGCGGAGCUUCCGAAGGGCGUCGAGGUGGACCAGGUCUUCUUCGGAGGCGUGACUCAGUCGGACAACUCCACUCCCUUCCUCGCGAGACACGUAGGCCACCUGUCUGGCUUGGGCCCGACCGUCCCCGCACUCACCGAGAACCGGCUGUGCGGCUCAGGCUUCCAAACAGUAAUCACCGCCGUCCAGAACAUAGCUCUAGGAGACGCCAACGUCUGCUUGACUGGCGGAGCAGAGAGCAUGUCUGGGGCUCCGUUCACUUUGUCUGGCGCUACCCGGUUUGGGACCAAGUACGGGGUGGAUUUGAAAUUGGAAGAUUCGCUGGCUGCGAGUCUGAUUGAUCAGAACCCGACUGGACAGCGGACAGCUAUGGGGGUGACGGCGGAAAAUCUCGCUAGGAAGUACGGUAUCAGCCGAGAAGACUGCGACGCGUACGCCCUUCAAUCCCAAGAACGCUACGCCGCCGGUCUCUCCGCCGGCGCCUUCUCCUCGGAGCUCACCCCCGUCGCCCUCCGUCCAUCCCGCAAGGGCCCCUCCUCCUUGACAGCCGACGAGCACCCCCGCCCCCAAUCCAACGCCGCAUCACUCGCCAAGCUCUCCCCCGUCUUUGCGCGCGACGGCGUCGUCACCGCCGCGAACGCCUCGGGGAUCUGCGACGGCGCCGCCGCCAACGUCGUCAUGUCGGAAGAAGCGAUGAAGCGGUUUGGCGUGACCCCGCUGGUAAGAGUCGCGGGGUACGCGUGGUCCGCUUGCGAGCCGGAGAUUAUGGGGAUUGGACCGGUGGUAUCCGUGAGAAAGGCGCUGGAGAGGGUCGGUAAGACGAUUGGGGAUAUGGAUAUUAUUGAGGUCAACGAGGCGUUCGCGGCGCAGUGGCUCGCCGUUCAGAAGGAGCUCGACCUCCCUAAUGACAAGACCAACAUGUUUGGCGGGGCGAUCGCGGUCGGCCAUCCGCUCGCUGCGUCGGGCGCUCGGAUCCUGGCGAAUCUCACGCACAACUUGAUUAGGAUGGAGAAGCGGUGGGCGCUAGGCGCGGCUUGUAUUGGCGGUGGACAGGGGAUUGCUGUCAUCCUCGAGAGGUGUUAG